GGAUACUGAGGAGGUCCUAUCAGCUGUCGCACACUCCUGGUCCUAGUUUUGAUCAUUAAUGCCAACAGGUGCAACUGGGCAUUCCCAAUGGUCCAGCGCCUUUCUCCUUUAGUAUCCCAUGCUUUAAGACCAGCUUUCCUUUUCCUUUGACUAUCACAGAUGUAUUGUUGUAACGCAGAGCCCCAAAAGAUGGUGAUUUUCUUUUAUAGUGUCUGGCAGGAUUUGCAACAGAUAUUAAUGGGAACAUAAAUAGCACAUGGAAAGUAUUGAACAACACUGUUUAAUGCAAGGUGGUUGUACCAAGAGAAAAUCUGUACGUAUUUGGGAUUGAUUCAUACCUUGAACACAUCUAAUUCCUUUAGGAGUUGCCCUCCUUUCUGCGGGUCCACUUCCUUGGUAAAUCCUGUAAUUAAAGCAAAUUUCAACAGUGUAUACUUUUAGGGCGCUUGUGUAUGUGUGGGGUUGUUCUUCUUUUCCUCCUUCUCGUGACCCCACAGGUUGCAGGUUUAAGUGAAUAAGGGAAAAUGCCGGCCGAGCAGUAGCGAGAGGCAACCGAGGCGGCGAUGGGGAGGCCGGAAGGUGACCGCCAACCUCAGGGAAGCAAAGAGGUCCUGGGUGUCAUAGCCCGCGCUGGCCCGGACCUGCAAAUCAAGGCUGAUUGUUACUAUUCCAUGGCACCAGAAUACGGAAAUGUCCGAAGGACAACAUCAAACACUGGGAUUACACCUAGAAUCAAGAAAGAAACGUUUAUUUUGCUUCCGACUUUGAAAGUGGAAGCCCAAGUAGCUUCUGUAGCAGUAACAGACUUAGGCAGCAGAGUUCUCAAGUUCAAGAGGAGUCUCACUUUGUCCUGAAUGAUUCGCCGAGAUCCAGCCUGUCUCCUAGUUCCUUAGUAGAGGAAAUAUUUAUUUUGAAACCCACCCUCCCCCACUUCUUGCUUUCUCCACGGAUAGCAGAGAAAAUUUUCUACAAUUAUGUCGGGAUAAACACCAGUAUAGUUACAACCCAGGCUCACUGGUGAUUCCAACACGGAAUCAAUGCUCUGCCCAAGGCUUUUCAUUCCUUUUCUUCCCCCUGGGCGAGGUGUCUGCCCCCCUCCAGCUCCCCGCACUGGCUCCCCGCCCCCCGCAGCCCUCCCCGUGGCUCCCUUUCUCCGCCUCCUCGGCGAUUGCCAUCUGACAAGAUCUCCAAAUCAAAGUGAUAAAUCGCUCCAAACUUUUUUUGGCGGCGCUGAGAUGUUGGAGGGGCGUCUAGCGCGCAUGUGCGAAGGUGUCCAAACUGACAAUGCUAGAGAGAUAGCGAGUGUGGAUUGAAAGAAAGGGCGAGGGAGGGAGAGUGAAAGAGGGAAAGACAGAGUGUGUGGAAGUGUGUGUGUGUGUGUGUGUGUGUGUGUGUGUGUGAGAGAGAGAGAGAGAGAGAGAGAGAGAGAAAGAAAGAAAGAGGGAGGGAGCGAGCGAGAGAGCAAAAGAAGGAAAAGAUCCAAGAAAAAAAAAAACCCAACCACACACCAGCGGCUGCAGGACUGGGCACAGCAUGAGAUCCAAAGGCAGGGCAAGGAAACUGGCCACAAGUAAUGAGUGUGUAUAUGGCAACUACCCUGAGCUAUCUUUGGAAGAAAUGCCAGAUGCAGAUGGAGUAGCCAGAGCUUCCUCCCUCAAUGUUCAAGAGCCAUGCUCUCCGGCCACAUCCAGUGAAGCAUUUACUCCAAAGGAGAGCUCUCCGUACAGAGCUCCCAUCUACAUCCCCGAUGACAUCCCCAUCCCUGCUGAGUUUGAACUUCGAGAGUCAAAUAUGCCUGGAGCAGGACUAGGAAUAUGGACCAAAAGGAAGAUUGAAGUAGGUGAAAAAUUUGGACCUUAUGUGGGAGAGCAGAGGUCAAACCUGAAAGACCCCAGUUAUGGAUGGGAGGGCCCAGGAAUUAGGACUCUAGCUGCUGAACUAUCAACCUAGGACACUGCGAGAUGUGAGAUGUGCUCCUUAGGCCUCGUGGCAGAGGCAAAAAUAAACAAGACCCGGUUCCUCUGAUUGUGUCGGCGUCUGCUCUGCCAAGACUGCAGAUCAAGGAAACUUUUUAGCUUUAAAAAAAAUGAAGAGCUUUGAGUGAGGGCUGCAAAGUGAAAGAGACAAUUCCCGGUCCUUCUGGGAGCAACGUGUUACAGGGGUGCCUUUGUCUGGCGCACUCACCGGGUGGCAGGCAGGUGUCUCGCGUGGCUCUGUUGUUGUUUUCUUGCUUUUCAAUGCCCUGAGUACUACAAACACCUACAACAACAUAUACUAAUAGAUUGAUAAUAAUCACUUUGGUGACUGGUGUGCAUAAAAUGGCAAAGAGAUUUUUUUUUCUGCUUUUAUGCCUUUAUGAACCACUGUAGUUGGCUUGCUGUCUUGCAGUGAGUGUUGUUAACCGAGAAAGACAAAAAACAAAGGCCAGAUGCCAACCAGCCAUAAGCUCAUGCUGCUUGUUUCCUGGCUGGGUCGUGUUACGAGAAAGAAGGUGUUCUGUCCAUGGUAAGGCACCAAAUUGAGGGUAAUUCCUGCAUUUCAGAGUAGGAGUCUGAAAGUAACAGCGGCAACAGGGUUCAUUUGACAACUGUAGGUGAAAGUAGCCCAGAAAGCUACUAGCUGUCUACUGGAAAAUCUGUGCUUAGGAAUUUCACUACACAGCCUCUGCUGGGUCUCUGUGCUCCUCUCUCUCUCUCUCUUUUGUAAAUCUCAGUGUACAUCAUUUUAAAAAAAUGUCUCUCCCUUUCAUGCCUGAAGAAGAGUUGCUGUUUAUUCUGUGGCUAAACAAAUGAAUGGAAGCUUCUUCUAAGUGGAUUCACUGGAGAUGGUCCAGAAAUUGCCGAUGAUGAGAACAGGGUAGUUUUUCUUAUGGUUCCUUGAUAAUUUUACAAACGCACUUGAUUUUCAUAGUGAAUGAAUGUUUUCAUAAAUGGAAACAAAUAAAACAGUAGGCAGAGACUUUCUCAAAUGCUUGCCAAAAACAUUAAACACACAAAAGUACAUUCACAGUGAAAAUUGGUUGAAAACAGCUGUUUUAAAAGAUUUUGGGGAAUGCAGUUAACAGCAUCAUCAUUAUAAGGCCCAAAGCAAACGUGUUACUGAUUACACCCCAUGAAGAAAUCAGAAUGUGUUCCUCCAAGAAAACACCGUCGUGCAUGCUGUUUGCAAAUAACUGCAACGCAGGCUUUGUCAUGAUUGUGCAGCUUAUCUGUCAGGAUAACACUUGCAGGAAAAUGAGCAUACAACUUCUCUUAACUAAUCAGAGCUUUUAAUCAUAUUGUCUGAGUGUAAGUUUCCUCUGCAUCUCUUCCCUCUUCCCAAGUCGGCUCUGUCCCCGUGGGUUGUACUCCAUUUCGAAGCUGCACAAGAAACUGGAUAAGAAAGAAACAGGGGACUUCUACUUGUGGGGGCACACAAAACCAGCCGACCAGUUGGUUUGAGUGUCAAACCCACUGUAGUUCUAGGUCAGCUCCUUAGAGAAUGUGUUUGCCCUGGGAGCACAGAAUGUGUUCAGGGUGGGAUGGAAGGCUGCGGUGGGGUCUGUGGGGUAUGGAAAAUUUAAUAAGGACCAUGGGAUUACUGCCCUGAGAAGUAAUGUUCAUGUGUUGAAAGGGCACUGUCAGAAUGCCACGGAAGUGGGACCUGCCGCAUGUCUGCAGCUCGGCUGUUAUUGUUCAGCCUGUGUCUGCACUGUCUGUCCACUGUGGCACCAAAGGGCUUUACAAACACUUUCCAUAAUGGGCCUGAAGCCUCCUGAGGGCUCUGGGGUAUUAGGUGAGAAAGAAUGCAAAGUCCAGUAGUUGGCAAGGAAAAAGAAAAAAAGGCUUUUUCACCUUCUCCACACAUCUGAUAGAAGGGUCGGAUUUCUUCUGGUGAUGAAAGAGUCACGGCUGGGGACCAGCCUUCUUUCACACCACGGGGCCACAUUGUGGGUCAUGCUGGGACUAGCUGCCUUCUCCUUGACUUCCUGAAAUGGUAAGGAGGACCCUAAUGUCCAGGACGGACUUGGUGUGCUAGACACACACAGAACUCGGUAUUAUGGCAAUACAAAUAUGAGAAAUCAGGUGAUUCUGUUAUAAGAGCUGUAUGGUUAUUAUUUCACUUGUGUGAGGCUGCUUUGAGGCCAAGUAUGGAAAUUUUGUGAAGUUCUAUAAACUCUGCGAAUCUCUUUGAGCCUUUUUAAAAAUAGAAUAAGACCUACCAUAUACAACUUUUGUGAGUAGCACCCACCAAAUGCAAAUAUGGAUGUGCAGCUUUUAUAAAUUUGUAUAUACACAUGUGCACAUGCCAGCAGACUUUCAGAAAAUGAAUGUCAGCAUUACACUUAGAGGCAUCCCUUGGACACUUAGGUUUGAUUUGAAAUUUCAUAUGUGAGACAGGCUUCCCUAUUUAUUGAAGGGGAGGAGAGUUCCUGGGGAAAUCCUUCUCCACUAAUUUAGGCUUCUCCUCCUCCACCUUCUCCUCCAAUCUAAUUGGAAUAUUGGAGACACCCAGGGUUAAGCUGAGGCAAAAAUAGACUUGCCAGGCAGAGAAGCAGAUUGAGCAGUGAUUCUAUUCCAAACACUUAGGAUUCCCAAGACCUCAAAGGAGGUGUUGGGAUGUGUCCUUGAGGACCUUGAAAGGUGAUCACAUGGCAGCUCGAGGUGUCUGGUGGUGGCGGAGCACCAUAAACGCAUUCCCUACAUGCCGCCUGGGCUUUAUCUUCCCUCCUUGUACAGUUCUGAGCGUGGAAACCCUCCUCAGUGGGACUGAAGGGCUUUUCUGAAGUCCGGAGAAAGGCUGGCUGCAGAACCUGAGAUUGGUGUACCUGAAGGAACUGUGUCUGAAGGAGGCCGGCCUCACAAGGCACCUUUUGUCCAAGCUGACAGUGUGAGGGAAACAUGGAGAAUUGCUGAUAAGUGUAUUGCACCCAAACUUUGAUGUAACAGAUAAAUCUAUUAUUGAUAAUGCUCCACCUAUGACUCUUGGGAAAUGUUUUCGAUAACAUGACACAAAUAUUAGUAUUACCAACUAUCAGUAGAAGUCAUUUGCCAGGAAGAAAAUACAGUUGAUUUUGAACAAAUGCAAUGGUGAUAGAGGUCAGCUAUAAAGCCAGGUAACUAUAUAACUCUAUCACUAUUUCCUUUUCAAUGAAUUAUGGGCAAGAUAAACAAUUUUAAGGAGCCUACAUAUAAAUGUGUUUCAAAAAUGACUUGAAUAUUUAGAGUAAAAUUUAUUCUUCAUUUAAAAAGUGAGAGAUUUGAUUAAAUUGUAACAAUAAAUUCUGAAGAUGAGAUCUAGGACUAGGGUUUUAAUCUUGACAAAUGGAAAUGAUUUGGAGACAGGAUCUUUCUCAUAUGAAUUUUAUACAACCUUAUUAUUGUUGUUGUUAAAAUAACUGAAGUAACUCAUGUUUUUAUUGCCAUAUAAAGUAUUUUUAUUGUACAAUGGUUCUUUGUAACCAUACAUACUUCAUUGCUCAUCCAUUUUUUUCUUUUUUUCAAUUCUGUAAUCAAUUAUCAAACAUAAUUGUGUUUCAAAUGUGAUUGAAAUCAUUAGAGAUGAGGGGCUGGGGAUUUAGCUCAGCGGCAUAAGCGCCUGCCUUGCAAGCGUGUGGUAGAGAGUUCAAUCCCCAGUACCGAUAAAAAAAGUACGGACAAGAAAUCAUUAGAGAUAUAAAGAAAGCAUAACUUGAAUCUUGUUUCCAAACAACUUGUAUAAUAAUGGUUUUCCUCUAAUUCUGUAGUUGUUUGAAGUAGUCAUAUACUAUGGAUGAUAUUAUCUCCUUGGAAACAUUUCCCUCAUAGAAAUUACUCUAAAAAAGAGAUUUCUGAAGUGGUACCCACAAACCAGGCUUUGUAGAAAAUGGAUAUUUGGGGCACAAAAACAUAUUAAGACCUAUUUCUAUAACUUUGCUACCAUUUUUAUUUAGAUUUAUUAAUAUGUAUAUCCCUGUACUGUAUAUUAUAUCAUGUGUGGAUAAGUAGAGUAAUUUAUAAAUAGUGGUUUAUAUCUGCACAUAUUGGGAUACACAGUGAAUGCAUUUUAUUGUUAUAGUAUGUGAUGCUAAAAUAUUUGGAGGCACUGCUUUAUGUUAUGUUUUCCUCGAGAACAGAAGGACUGCUCAUUUGUUUCAGCUUUUGAUUUCUCAAAUCACACCUUAUGACAUAAGCAAUGUUGUGCACAUGGCUUACUUGCUUUGCCUUGAAAACAGAGCACCAUGGAGUCAGAACUCGAGGGAAGCUAAGAAGGUCAUCAGGCUGAUUUGGUUUCCUUUCUGGGCAGGAUGAUACAGACCAAUAGGCUUCUACUCUAUUUAGAAUUACCUCUGUAUUUUCCCCCAGGAAAUUAUUUAAGUGGUGGCAUUUGUAUUUACUUUGAAAGAUAAUGGGUAUUUGGCCAAGAAAAAAAAAAAAAAGGUAAGGAUAAGCUCCUUGGCUUAUUCAGAAUGUAGUACUUAACGUAGUUAUUCCUCUGUUUGUUUCAGUGGAGAAGAGGAUAUAGGUUUUGAGAACUAAUGGAACACAUGGCAUAUAGCAAUACAGUCCAAAAGAAAUAAUACUGCAAAUUAAAAACAAAACCAACAAAACCCUGGUGAAAAUAGCUUUAAUAUUUUUCUCUGCAAAUGUAUCACUUUGAUCAAUUCCACAUUUAGGGUUCAAUUUUUCCUUUACAAACGAAUAUCUGAUUUUGUUGUGAGAAAAGGUGAUCACAAUGCUUAAAUGAUAUUAUGUCUUCUCAGUGUUAUGCUUUAGAGUUCACAGAAUAUUUUCAAACUGGUUAUCACAUCUGACUCUUACAACAAAUCAAUACAUGCCUAAUGUGAUGCAGGAGUAAAAGGAAAUGGUACAAAGUCAGUGGGAAAAAAUGGGGUCUCACUAUUUCUAAGUCCAGAGAUACUUCUUUGUGCCAGUGCUUCUCAGGGUGUGAUGUGAAUGGAACUUGGUCGAGGACCUUGCUCAAAUGAAGGUUCUGGGUGAGAAGCUUUGGAAUAUGGACUGAGGGCUGACUUUCUAACGGGCUCCUGGGUGAUGCUGAUGCCUUUUUCCACAGAUCAUAAAAGUAGCAAGAUUCAAACUCAUAACUGGCUGCUAUGUGAUGUGACUGAGACAGCCUUGGGAGAAGCCAGGUGCAGUGUAUUUAGGGUAGUCAGAAGAAAGGUUUAUCACUGCUUCCCAUUUCAGAAGAAGACAAAGUACGAUGCUGUACAGUGUUCAGUCAUACCCCGCUAAACUUCUGUGUUCCUUUCUCUCCAUCAUUUCUGUUCUCAUCCGGACACCUGUAUCUCUUCUGGGACAUUGCAGCAGCCCCAGAGUAACUGUUCACAUCUAUUUGCCAUCAAUCUCUACACUACCAUCAGCUUUUUCUGUCUAAAACAUAAUAUCAUCGUGCUUUUCCUACCUUUAGGGUUCUGCAGUGAUUCUCCAUUUCCAGUAAGAAUAGAAGCCACUUUUUGGUGCAGCACAUUGGAGUCCUCAAAGUCUGACCUAUAUUUUUCAAAUGCGUCUCCUACAGCUGACACUGUAGUCACAAUGUGUCCUCAUCUGCGGAUACCAUGUUCCAUCCAACCAAAACAUUUCACAUUUCCCAACUAUAGCAUACUUGCUUUUUUUUGAUACCCUGGAGUUUUAUUCUUAAUGUGUUAUAGCUCUUUUUAUUAAACAUGUCUUUUCAUUUAGUCCUUUUACUCAUAAUCACUAGAAGGCAGUUGCAAGAGAACCUCAAAUAUCAAGAUUCAAUUAACAAAAAAUAACAGGAAAAAGUGAUGAGCAUAAAAUCAUCUGACAUGUAAGUAUUUUGAAAAAUAUCUUACACUUAUGUAUCUACAGAUGUAUUCGAUAAAAAUCGUUCAAAAUGGGGCCAGGAAUAUAGCUUAGUGGCACAGUACCUGCCUGGCAAGUACAAGAUCCUGAGUUUGAGUCCUGGUACAAAAAAAGAAAGAGAAAGAGAAAGAGAAAGAGAAAGAGAAAGAGAGAGAGAGAGAGAGAGAGAGAAAGAGAGAGAGAGAGAGAGAAUUGUUCAAAAACAAUAUUGUGACAAUCUAAGAUACUAAAUUAUCUGCUAGUGUUUUAUUUUUAACAAUAUAGAAUGUUUCAUGAAUUUGCAUAUCUUCCUUACAAGGGGUCAUACUAAUCUUCUUGUAUCAUCCAAGUUUAUUCUAUCUAUGGCUAAUAGGAGCAGCCUAGCUCUUUACGUUAUCUAAUACGAGACAUUUAAAUCUAAUGAAAAAGAUUUAUAAAUGUAAUUGUUUACAAUGGAGUGAUGGAAUCUUAAAUUGUGUGUGUGUGUGUUUAUGCAUAGCUGAUACCUGACACUGUUUUUUUACGUGGUAAGCAUACAAUAAGUAUUUCCUGAAUGGAUUUACUAGUGCCUGAUAUAACUAUAAUCUUAAUGGGAUUAGUACAUGAGAUGGUUGAAUAGUUCUGCAAUUUAAAAGAAAGUAAAAUAAUUAGGAUCAUAUAUUUGCGUGGAAUUCACAAAAAUUGUUCAAGAUUAUCAUUGCAUGCUUAGAGAAAUGAUGGAGAUUUUAAACUUUGCACAACAGUUUGUUUAGCAUAUCUUGACAAAUGACAUCUUUUGAGUAAGAGAAAAAGAUAAUCCCAACUGUGUUAUGCUUUACCCCACAGCAUGUUCCAGGGACUUUUCUUUCCCUUUCUGACAACUUUAUUUCACUGAGAGGCAUUAGCGCUGGGUGCCUUAUGCCUGAUGAUGACUACUGGUUCCUGUGUGCUCCUCCCUUCUUCCACGUAUGAUUUCUGUCAGCAUUGUUCCUUUCAGAGAUCUUUGCGGAAGAACUUUAAAAGGUGAUAUUUUUAAAAACUGGGACCCUUGAUCAUAACAAUGAAACACUUGUCUUGCCUUUGCAUGUAUAAUGGCAGAAGGUUGCCUUUGGGAAGCAACAGAAAUGUCAAAAAUUAACAUCAAAUAUUGUUAGAAUAUUGACAUGCAUUAUUUGGAUCAGGAAGAGAAAAGAAGUAAUUUUACUUGUUACUAAAAAAUAUAUUGAAUAUUGGAUGGGAAUUAAAAUUAGAGGCUUGAAUAAGUAAACAUUAACUAAAUAUUUUCAUUUACUCUAGAGCGAAACCAUACAUUUUCACAACUAGGUACACAAAUUAAUGCAUACACAUGGUCAUGUAAAAUAUUUUUAAUUUCCAAGAAUGGAGUCCUCCAAUCUUUUUGUGUUAACAAAAAUCUACAAAAAUAUUCUCUUCUCUUUUCUGCUUCACAAAUUUUUCUUCCUGUGCUUCUAUCACCACCACUCACGUAUCGUCUUUUGCUUCUCUCUCUUCCUCUGAGUUGUAAUUUGUAUUUACUGCCCAACAGCUAUUUAACGAAGAAGUUUCUCCUUUCUUCUUGUGUUUGGUGAGUGGAGCAGGAGAAUGUGGUGCAGAAGGAACUGAUCACGUUCAUUCUGAUGUUCCAACAUCAGAUCAAGACAUCAGUAAGCGAUCAGAUUCAACAUAACAGACAAAGAUGCGCUACAAGAAAGACUGAGAUUUGUGGUCAGAGGUUCUAGCUCAAUUCUGAAUGGCUGAAAUCUUGGUUUUUGUGGUGGCUGUUGAAAUGUACAGAGGCAGUUUGAAGAAAAUGCCUAGAAAUUCAAAGUGGAGAACAAGCUAGAAAUAGCUCAGGUGAACCAAGAUAAUGCUGGAAUGAUCACUUCUUUAUCUAACUGAAAAUUCUAUCAAAUGGUGAAGGUGAAGAUCACUCUUACCUCUUUGAUUUAGAAUAAAAUCAACCAGGCACAAAUGAGCCUACCCAGGACAGGAUAGUAGAGGCCCUCUACUGAAAGGAGUUGGGGCGACCGGGAAAAUGAUGUGGGACGUGGGUAGCCGUGCAGUGCCAUUUCACUGCUCGGUGCAGUAUACUUCACGGCUGGAAUGAACUCGGUGUAGUUCAAGGUUGGACAGUUGGUGUUUUCAAAGUAGUAAGUGUUUUUUAAAAAUUUAUCUCAACACCUCUGAAAAGAAUUGGAGAAAUCUCAAUAUUUGGCUUGACUUUUCAAGGUCAAAUAAAUGCUACAGCAGCGGAUAAGGCAAGCAACUGACCAAAAGGAGAGUGAGUUCGUCACGCAUCAGGAGCCUUCAUUGCUCCCUCUGACCAUGCGAGCUGAGACCGCAUAAAAGCAGCUCCAUUUGAUUCUUAACUCCCCCCACCCCCCUUUUUUUGAAUUCUGUUGUCUGUCAUUCUACGGCAUUGAUUAUCAAAGCAUUUGAGGACUAACAUGAUAAUCUGGCAUUUAUAUUGGUAAACCUGGUAAAACUUACCAAAUAAUCUUUGGAAACCACGUUUAGGAAAUAUUUCUGAGACUGUAGUAAUGCUUUCAUUUUGUAUGUUGACUUCCAUCUAAAAUCUCUAAAAGAAAUUUGGAAACUACAAAAUUUUUAGUGCAUUCAUUUAGAAAAUCAUAGUUUCAUUUUAAUGUAAUCCCAGCAAAACAUAUUUAGAAUUGGAUCCAAACUUGUAGAACUGAACUUGUCCAAUAUGCAGACUGACUAAAUAAAAAGGAGAUUUUGGCAAAAUUAUGAUACUCCAUCACCUGUGUACAAAAUUCUGAUGAUAGCCAAGAGGACAUCAGGAGUGUUACAUGCCCUUUAAGAGAGAGCUAGAUACUAUGAAAUCUUUGUGUACACGUUGGUACCUAGCCUGGUAAAAAAACACAGUGUACCAAUGAGAUCCCUUUACAUCCUUAUUUAUGUCAUCAUUCAUUCAGUAAAUACUUCUUGGGAUUUUUCUUUGUUCUGUGGACCUUGCUUGGUGCUGUGUUUGCACAUGUAUCUUUGGUACUUCUCCCCAAGAGAAACUGAUUUGGUUCACUUUAGAAACACUUUACACUAAGAGGAUCAUUAAGAUCUCUUUAGUCUGGGACUUACAUGAUAAAUGGAAGUGGGUCUGAGUUUUGCUGGAGCAGAUAGAACAAGGGCAUCUUUUUUAGAAGAAACCCUGCUUGGGAGUCAAGUAGAAAGUUUUGUUGUGAGAAUUCCCUUGCUACAGUCCUAUUUAGUAGUUGGAGCAGAGUUCACAUCUGGGACUCCCCAAAGAAUUGGCCAUUAUGAGAACCCAGUGAAACAAGAGGAAACAGAAGUAAUAUAUAUUGAAAGGCUUAAUCUGAUAGCUUGCCUGUCUUCAAAGGAAGUUGCAUUUGUGAAGGACAUGCAUGCUUGUGAAGAAAGGACCUUCAUUAGGCAUUGUAAAAGACUAGCUCCGGAACUAGGAGGUAUUGGACUUGUUCUGUGCCCAAUGGGGGACUGUGCUGGACUAAAAUUCAUCUCUUUGGGUGCUGUGGCAGAGUCCUCUGUCCAGUAAAGCCCAGCUUCUUCCUUUUUCUGUAAAUUAAGAUUUAUUUGACAAGAAGAUUCCACACAGAAGCAGGAGAGUUACAGCCUGACGAAGCAGAGCUCACACUCAUUAGUUUUGUUUCAUCUCCCUUAAUUUUUUAUUUUUAUUAAGUUAGGACAUGUUUCGUCAUACUUCUUGUUUCCAGGGAGGGAGUAGAUUUGACAUCAUCUAUGCUCAUGAGGUCAAGAAAAAGAAAAUGAACUAUUUGUAUAAGAGUGAGAACCAGAGAAAAACCAUUGAGGCUGCUAUAAUACACAUUCUCUGUUCCUUGUCUUACUCUACUAUGUUGCCUGUCAUGAUUUCAAAGUAUUCCUAUGAUAUGAAAGGAAAGAGGAGCCUCAUGGAAUGCAAAGAAUUCUGGAAUUACUAGAACCUAUAUGGUGCCAAUAGUGUGUGUGUGUGUGUGUGUGUGUGUGUGUGUGUGUGUGUAACACAGAUCAGCUUACAUUAUAUCCUCUUUUCUGAAGUAUGAGUCUUUCACUAAAUAUUUUGGUCUUAUAAUGGUAGCAAAUAUUUUGACUGUCUCAUGUACAAUCAAAGCACUUCAGAAGCUUCGAAUUAUUUAAUAUAGACUUGCCACAUUCUUUUCAAUUAUAUUUAGUUUGAUUAGUUGCCAAGUGUCAGAGAUUUAAGGUAUUUCUGGUCUUCAUUUCCAUCAUAUAGCAACAGUGAUUGCCUCUGAGGGAGGGAACACAGAUUGGGGAAAUUUUAGCUUUGUAUGUAUUGUUAUGUAGCAUUUUUCAAUAAAGAUAUAUUCAAGUAUUACUGUGUGUUAAACUAAUUUUUAAAAAUAAAUACAGGAUUGGCAGUAUUAGGUACAUAAUUUAACCAAUUUAUCUUGUACUCCCCACUUUUAAGAUACCAUAUGCCAUAAAAUCUAGCCAAGUUGCUAUAGCAGACAGGAAGAUGUUGUACAUUAAAAUCCAUUAUCUUGUGUUCUGUGUAUUCAAAAUGGUUCUUACUCUAUCAUAUCUAGAUUUUAGUUUUUCAAAGAAUUCAUAAAAAGUAAAUACCCCAGUGAGUGUUCCCUAGCUUUAACAAAAAUUCCAUCUACGUUUUAAAAAGAGAACUUGAAAGACAUCAAUCCAAUAUUAUAGUUAACAUAAUUUUGAAAUUUCAUAGUUACUUGUAUAAAUACAAACCCUCUUAAUUUCCUACAAGCUUCCUAACUGGAAUCAGAUAAACUUUUGAGCUUCAUCUAGCACUGCAGACCAAUUUAAACUGUAGUUUGCACUGUGCAGUUUUUUGAACCUUCAUUCUGGAUAGCUGUUAUAGAAUUAUUAUGUGACUACUCUGAAUAUCUGAAUAUGUGGACACUCAUUAUCAAAUAUGUAUAGUAAAAAAAAGGAAGAUGGUAAAUAAAACAGUGUAUUUUAAGUUGACAUUUGUGUAUCGUUGGAAAACUAAGAUAUUUACCAGGAUAACAAUGUACAGUACACAAGAUGACCUUGGGAUGUUAUCAAGCCGUUUUGCUCACAAGAUAUUGCAUACAUUAAACACCCUGGACAGGAGACCUUCCAAAACCAGACCCAAUGACAAAUGUGGAUAACAAUUUUAAUCCUGAGCAAAUUACAGGGAUAAAAAUUAGAUAUUUUUUAUCUAAGUAUUUACCCUGUGAAGGCAGACAAAGUCUAGUUGUCCUUUUGAGGUCAGGUCAAAUGCUGACAGUUAGUUUUGAAUUCCUAGCUUUUAAAAUGUUCUUAAUAUCAUUACUCCAGGUUGUCCUCACCAUUGCAGCAGGGCUCAUGAUAGAGGGUCUUUCUAUACCAUCGUGUUGUGAGCACCCUACCAGGUGUUUGCAUUAGACACCUGUGUCCCUCCUCUGUUAGAGAGGGACCUCCCUGGAGACGCUGCCCUGAAGCUCUGUGGCUUACUCCAGGCCUUGCCUGCCUGUUUUCUGCAGUUUUGCUGCAAAUAGUAAUUGAGUGAAAGCACCGUAAAAGUUCUUUACAGUUUGAAUAUGCUACUGCCAUUUUUAUAAAUGUGAAUCUUAUUUUAGUUUAUGUUAUACAUCUUGGCUCACUUUAAUGUCUGUUAUUAAUUCUGGAGUCAGAGCUGUCCAGUCGGACUUUCUACAGUGAUGAAAAUAUUCUCUACUCUGCACUCUCAUUAUGGGGGCCACUCGUUGAUACGUGGUUAUUGAACAUUAGUGUGAGUUGGAACAUUAGUGUGAAUUUUUACUUAUUUAAAAUAGUUUAUGAACUGAAUUCAUUUUAAUUAUUUUCCAUUUAAAUAGCGAUAUGUGGCUAAUGAUUACUGUGUUUGACAGUGUACUUACAGAUGUUUGUCAUAUUUUUAUAGACCUAGAGAGUCAAUAUUUAUGUUACAGUUUUCAUGUGAAAAAAUUACCCCUGUGGUUUAUUUUAUUUAUUAUUUAAUUUGCAUUCAAAAUUCAGAUCUUAUCUUCCAACUUGUUUUUUGAUUCCAAUUUGUUUCUUUUUCCCUUAGAGUACGGAGCUCACACUUAGGUCCUCAGACACGCUAGACGAGCAUUCUGCCCCUGAGCUACAUUCCCAACCCUGUUUCAACUUCUUAAUUUUUCCCCAAUUCAACUUCCCUACCAUUUCCAACUAGCAGGUACUUUUUGGCAGCUUAUCACCAGAAAAUAAUGUAAAUGCUGUGAGCUAGAGAAGUAUGCUUAGUUCACAAGGAUAUUAUUAAAACUUCACAGUAUGUGUUUUCUUAGAUUUCUAGUUCUUACGAUUCAAUUGACAUAGACUGAAACCCAGGAUAUAUAUUGAAUAUGUAUCUCUCCUUUCUUGAAACUCAGGCAAGCUUUUAAAAACACUCAUCUUGAAGGAGCUUUGGAGUGCUGUGAUGCACUCCUGCCUGCUUGCUGAGCUGAAGGUCCUGGCUUAGCAGCUGCCAGCCAGCCAUGGCAGCACCAAGUGCCAGAGCAGUCUUCCUUUAGGGCUUCCAGGAACCAAGCUGCCAACAAGUAGGAACCUCUUGCUCCCUUAUGGGGACUUUGAAUGUGAUUAGGAUGAGCAAUGAUUCUCCAGAAGUGGGUAGAAUGUUAAAGCAAUAAACAUGCGAUUACACACUGCAUACACCCCAUUCUUCACACACGCCGCCUGAGAUCUUACAGAGAAACCGCAGUGUUCUCAAGCCUGCUCUCAGGUUCCUUCUCUUUACUUAGAGGCCAACCAGGAUGCACAGAAAACAUACUGAUACCACCUAGAUAAUUAUUGACUAGGUGUAGCAUGGAUGGUGGAGGCUGUGUCCAUUUUGCCUCCUGGUCGUGUUGUGCUGAUAGAGGUUGCUUAUUUCUAUGUAGAAGCGUGAUGAUUUUCGUUCUUUGUGAUGAGAACUUCAGCGACUGAGACCAAGGUAAUUUGAUUGAGUGUUCCUGCAGCAUAUUUGGCUUUUGCAUUUUGAGGCAUUCUCUUUUUAAAUUCUGUCUGUGACUUGGAAUGUGAAGGUGGGCAGGUUCAGAUAUACAAAGCUGUAGGGUAUAUUUUAUAUUCCCCUGCUUUUGACAGAUGUUCUGAUCUGUACAGAUAUUUCAUUUGUGACAAAGGGAUGCUAUAAAAGUGUGCUUUUAUGUUCCUAAAUGUUCAUAUAAAGCAGCAAGUGCCACUAACUGAUCCGUGUAACUCCUCUUCCGUUUGAACCUGUGGACAGGAACGUGGCUUCCUUGUCAGUAGCCGACCACUCGUUUUCACAUUCCUGUAUUCUGGGGAGGCAGGUGCUGCAGACAGAAGUUAGCACAGGGCAUUGUCUCUUCAGCUCAUCUGCUGUCCUCUCUCACCUCUGCUCAGGUUCCUUCCCAGGACUGCCUCUCUCUCCCUCCUUUCUCCCCACCCCAGAUGUGGUGAGGCUGACCUGACUUCCUGAACCACUGCCCGCCCCAUGAUUCUUUUUGGGUUGUUUUAAAGGUGUUAGGGCUAGGUUGUGGGGAGUUACAUUGACAAAUAAGUUGGCAUCCACCUUGGUUUCUGAGCUAGUCUGUUCAACACCCAAAUAUAAUUUAAAAUUUAUACAAGGGCCUUAUCAGAUAUGUUUUAGAGAUUGCCUUUAUCUACAAGACUUUGUCCUCAUUUACUGUUUCUUUAUUACUGUAUUAUAAUAUAACACACAAUAUUUCUCUAUAGAAACGUUCCUUCUGCCCCUGUCCCAUCACCUCAAAAUAUUCUGGGGGAGUAGAAAGAAAAUGAUGCUCAGUUGCUGUUACUAACUAGUCAUGUAGUGCAUUGCAAGGUCCAUGCUGGGUGAUUGCGAAGGUUUUCUUUAGCUCCAGGACUGUGAUUAUAUUCUUCUCAGAGCCUGUGUGUCUCCCCCAACUCUCAUCUAAGCCAGUUCUAUUCUUUGCAUCCCAUGAAUCAUGUCAGAACUCCAGAAGUCCCGGGUCUUACUUUGAGAACUAAUGUACUCUCCCAAGCCUCGGGAGGAACCCCUUUUGUGAUCAGCAGUGUGAAUUCAUACUGCCAAAGGGUUAAUCUUCCAAGAUUAAGUGCAGAUUGGGUAAAAUAAGAAAAGAUCAAUGGUUGUACUCUGCCAUGAGUGGGGUGUUCAAUCAUGCAGGUUUCCAGCCAGAUUUUAGAAAUCUACAUCACAGAAAUCACCUGGGCGUCACACCCUGAGGAACUCUGAGUUAAUGUGUGGUGAACAGAAAUAUCAAGUUUAUGCCUAUAGGGUAGUUUUCAUUGGUAUGAGCUUAAGCACAGAAAAAAUGGGCUUGGUGGUGUUAAUUUUUUUAUGGGCAGUUGUGCGAUAGCUGGUCUUGGAAUGUUAGCAGCACUGUUGCAGAACUAAAAAUGUUACCCAGAGACAUUUUAAAAGAGCAAUAAAUAUCUGGUUUUAAAAUACAGACAUUAAAAAAAUUAUAAACGUGGAAAGUCGUUUUUGGUAGUUGUUGUUUUAACAUUGGAGCACUAAAGCUGCCUUUCCUUCCCUGGCUUUCUCAACAAGCAAUUGUUUGGCUCAGUAAUUUAGUGAUUAUCUGAUUCUAUGAACAUUUAGGUAUUUUAUGCUUUAACAUAAAGAUUCCUGGAGGAGAGACUGUGCCUCUCCUCAGAACGAUGUGUCCUCACAGUGUUAAGAUGUGGCUGUGCUCAAGGCUUAGGGCUGUACACCCCGCGUGUGCCCUGCCAUGGACAGUCCUUUGACGUGACGGGGUGACUUAUGGAAGGCAGAUAUUAUUUCUGGAUGAGGGACAUAUAAGUUUGGUGCAUACUCAGGAAGCCAACUGAAACCCUGGGUGCCUGCAGAUAGCUACACCUGGCAUUGUCUCCCUCGAGGAACUUGGACUGGUUUCUGCUACUGUCUGCUCAAGUGGGGUUCUUAGGCUGGGGAGAGCUGUGCCUCAUGCUUAAACAUGGCCAGGAAGAACACAAUAAUUUGUCAUGCUAUAAGACAUAAAAAUAACAUCUCAAAAUUUUAAAAAUUGGAAAGCAUUUCAACAUUAUGUUUUACUUGGUUCUGCCUCAGUUUCUUGUAGUUUCCACAUUUUCUUGCUUAAUAUUUUACAAUAAACAUGGCCUUUUCCAUACUAGUUGUGAAUGUUACUGUGAAUAUUAAAUAUUAGCCCAUCCAGGUACAAUACGCUACUUAUAUUUUGUUUUAUAGUUAGUGACUUAGAUAGUUUGAAAUUAUGAAAUGCAACACAACAAAUGUGAGUAUGUUGCUGUUAUGUAUUUAAAGAAAAUUUCCAGCGGUGGAACUACUAAGACAAAGAUUGGCAAUACUUUAGUAUUUUUUAUGUGUAUCAUAAAAUUUCAUCCUUGUUUUCCAAAGGCAUUCUCCCAGUUUUCAAAACUUCUACUUUGUGAGUACAUUUACCUGAGCUGAGUUAAUACUUAGCAUAAAUGAAUUUUAACAUAUAAAUUUAAAAUCAUAAUUAUAUGUGGAAACAGUAUAAAUUGCGUAACACAGAUAUUCAGUAAUUCAAGAGGUAAGCUGUUUGUUCAUGUAUUCGGGAUUUUUCUUCCUCUUAUUUGUAUGUCUAUUUUUAUCUUCUCUCCACUGUAGGUUUUAUAAAUUCAACUUAGCUAACUAAAUGUCAAUUCAUAUUUUAUAAAUUAAACACCAAUUAUUCAAAUUCUGAGCUUGAAUAGACAAUAAACUUGAACAUUGUGCCUUUUUGACUGUGGUCAGGAAGCUUGUAGGAAGUACUAUAUAUUUUCCAUUUUUGUUUGGUGUGUUUGACUACAGAAAAAUUGUUAUUUUUUAAACGAGUCUAGAAGGAAGCUGCACGCAACACUUGUGCUUUGGAUCAAAGGGUUGUAAGUAGUGUGUGUGUGUGUGUGUGUGUGUGUGUGUGUGCUGUAAUGAAGGCAAGACUGAGAAAAAAAUAUUUCUGAACCCAUUUAAUCACAAGCUGUAUCCUAACAAAAGCUUUCUACUUUCCAAAGCUCAGGUAAGAUUUAUUUAUUUUUAUCUAUUUAUUUUUGGCACUAGGGAUUGAACUCACAACCACAUGUGCUUACCAGGCAGGUGCUUUUGCUGCUGAGCUAAACCCCCAGCCCCAAGGUAAAAUUUAAGAAGCCAAAAGUGCUCAAAUAAUAAUAAUAAUAAUGAUAAUAACCACCACUAAAGAAAUUGGUUACUUAGCUUUAGGUGUUAGAGAAAUCUUAAAUGAUUUAGGAACCUGCUCAGGGUAUGCUUUAGUGCCAGAGACAAAUGAUACUCUUAUUUUUCUAGCAUUAAGGAGAUUAGAUUAAGAAUUCCCAUUACAGAGCACAUAACCAGAAUUUUUGUUGAGAUGAUGCCAAAAAAAAUUAAGAAGCAUGCUCUAAAUUGGCAGAAGACUAACUAAAAUCCAGAGGUAUUUCUGCCAUGACAAACCUAUAAAAUAAUGUGAUAGUUUUCCGUUCUCGAAUUGCACCAGGAGUGUGCUUUUAGUUCAUUGUUCAUUGUAAUUAUGUAAUAAUGCCUAUUCUAACUGCAGCAUUUGUCCAUAUGUACUCAGAAUUUGUUAGCAAGGGAGGUUUUUUUAAAUUGGUGAAUUCUAGUAGCUGUAUACAAAGAUACAAGAUAGAGAGACAGAUAAACUUUUUCAAAGAGUUAGAAAUGUGGCGCAGUGAUUCCAGUUCUCACAUAAUCAUUAACUUAAUGUGCUACUUUUGGUAGAUAGAGCAUUCAGCAAACUCCAUGCCUCAGUGUGUUAAUCUGGAAAAGGAGGGCGGCAGCGUCAGAGCAGCCUGGCCACCCAGGAGCGGUGCUAAACACGGAAAUAAAUACAAGGAAAGGGGCUUUGUGUGCGUGAAGAGUAAGACUGUGCAAAAUGUUCUUCCUGAGUGGGAUGUGAUAUGCUUAUUCAUUUGAUUCCUUAAAACUCCUCGACAAUUCAGACCCUUUGGUCUAAGUGUCCUGGGUCUCACUUGCUGUUGACCAAUUAAAUCUGGAAGGAGCUAUAGGCAUCCCCCUGUACCUCUUUCUCAUCUGGAACGUUUAAACAGGCAUUGCAUGUGUAGUAAAUGGUGUGUUUUAAUAAACGUUCUGUAAAGGCCAAUUAUUCAGUUGAUAUUGAAUUGUGUGGUAGGAAAUAUGGAUCCUUAGUUACAGGGAAGAUGUCUACAUACUAUUGGCAUCUGUUUGGUAGGUAAUGUUCUUAAGUGGCCUGGCCUUCCUCCAAAGUUUGAUUAUUCAUAAAUCUGUUGAGUGUGUUAAGUUGCAUUAUUAACGUUUAAUCUUUUAUUGAAGCAAACUCAGGAGGCUGAAAUCUAUUUGCUUUAGCAAGCUUGUUCACUGAUAAAUGCAUGAUUUGAAAUUUUCCUUUUGUGAAUUCCUCAGCACAAGAAAAACACAGCUGGGCAUAGCACAGAUCAUAUUUAUCUUUUCAUUAACUAAAGUUCAAGAAGAUAGCACCAUUGGAAGCUUAGAAGGAGGGAUUGCUAAAGAACAGUCCUCCUCCUGUUUGCAUACCCACUUGAGAAAAGCUUUCCAAACAAGUAUUUGAGAUACUUGUGAGAAAAGCUAGUUGAAUUGUCAAAAGAAGACCAAAUGAAUGUAUAUAAAGUGGUUGGAUUUCAGAUAACAUUUUCCCCUGAGUGUUUAGAUUGGUUAAAUAUUAGAGAAAGGGAGAUAAUAACACUGUUUGUCGUCAUAAACUUAGACAUACAUCUUUUUCACAAGGUUGGUAUGAAAGGCCUAUCAAAGAUUUUCCAUUCCAGAUGAUUUGGUUUCAACCUGAUAAAAGACAUUUUCAGUAGAGAAAGACUGGAUGGUAAUUGCACUAGAUGGAACACAGACACUUUGUAUAGAUUUUAUAAUAGUUGGAAUUUAUUAGUUCUUGAGAAUAAAGCAGUACUGGCUAGUGGGCUGUGACUGUGAAAUUUAAAUGUGUGUGUAUUUAUUUCAAUUUCUCUGUGCAGUAUUCUCUUUGUUAAAGAUGGGCUGAAAAAUUCUGUGAGAUUUUGGAAGCACUUACUUGUAAUGUACUGUAAACCUACUCAUUAGCAGACAAUUUCCAGGAUGAAAUAAGUGAUAUAUAGCUGAUAUGAAUUAAUAAUAAAGCCUUUAAAUAGGAGGGUAGGAUAGAAUUAUAGGAGUCAUCUCCUCUAUCUCUUGCCUCUGAGGAUCGUGAGAAUUCUGAUUGUUUUUGUUUCUGUAGAUCCCCCGACCUUUGGCAAAACACUGUGCAAACGAAAGAGAUGAAUAACUGCAGAUUGAUGUGUGUACUCUUGCAGAAUUAUGCUCUGAACAAUUAGACUGUACAAUAGACGCAUUCCCCUUCUAUCUUUCCUAUUACACCUCAGCAGUAUUUGGGAAGGGGUGGAGACUAUGGAGAAUAAAGAAAAGAGGCUCUUUUCUAGUCAAAUGCAGUGUUUCUUAAGCUACUUUGGGCUCAAUUCCUACCCAGUGCUGUCCAAAAUGUCAUGACUCCAGUAACUCAUCAUGGACUGGGGUUAAUGUCUCACCUAGUGCCCAUCCCCCAGGUCCUCUAAGUCCCUUUCCAAAGUGGGUGUAGUGUGGACAAGGACGGCUGUUUCCUGCCUCCGGUAACCUUGCGAGGCGCGUUGCUGAGAACUGAGCUGGAGCGUUUUCUGCUCCUAACAACAUUCGCUAAGUCACAACUUGCUGUAGGUGGAACUUGUGUGAGCCUCCGUCUACUGAUCUGUGGCUCUAGAUUGGUGACUACUUGUUUCUCUUAUUUUUCUUUUGUUUUAAAGCAUAUAAAACCUAUAUCAAUUUUUACAAAUUUUAUAAGAGAGUUUAAUAAAAAUAUUGGGGAAAUUACAAUGGACAGUUAAAAAAAUCGUAACUAGGAAAAUGAAUUAUUUUUCCUUAUGAUCAUCCAGUGCACCUCAUGUAGUUUAUGAAGAAGAAAACUUCAACCACGAGAUGUAAAGAAAGUUUUUCAAAGUCCAUAGAGUUUGUAGGAGGGCAAGGACUAGAAACUAGGCCUCCAGCCAAUGGUUUUUCACUUCCUUUUAUAUCUUCCACAAAGUGACUUAAAAUUUCAAAGAAAUCUAAAAAUGGACAAAAACUGAAAGCUUUCACUUUAAAAUCAUAAAUAAGACAAGGAUGUCCACGAUCACCUCUCCUAUUCAACACAGUACUGGAAACACUAUCCAGGCAAGAGAGAGAAACCAAAGGAAUAAAGAUAGAAAAGGAAGAUGUUAAAAUUAUCACUAUUUGAAAAUAACAUGAUACUCUAUAGAGAAGAACCAAAAAACUCCAUUAAAAGGUUACUAGAAGUAAUAAACAAAUUCAGCUGUGUAGAUGAAUACAAAGUCAGUGCUCAAAAGUCAAUACCAUUCCUGUACACUAACAAAAAACUCACCGAGAGAGAAAAUAUGGAAAUAUCACCCUUCAAAAUAGCAUCUAAAAAAAUGAAAUACUUGGGAAUCAACCUAACUAAGUAUGUAAAAGAUGUAUAUGCUGCAAAUUAUGCUAUGCUAAAAAAGGAACUGAAGAGGAUGUUAGAAAAUGGAAGGAUAUUCCUUGCUCUUGGCUAGGAAGAAGCAAUACUGUGAAAAUGGCCAUAUUCCCAAAACUCUUAUACAGAUUUAAUGCAAUCCCAAUCAAAAUACCAUGAACAUACCUCACAGAUCUAGAGAAAACAGUCCUAAAAUUCAUUUGGGAACAGGAGAAACCUAGAAUAGCAAAGGCAAUUCUGUGCAACAAAGGCAAGGCAGGAGGCAUCUCAGUUCCUGACAUGAAACUAUACUACAAAGCCACAGUGAUAAAAUCAGCAUGGUACUGGUAAAGAAAUAGACCUGAAGAUCAAUGGAACUGAUUAGAAGAUGCAAGCACUACUACAAAGACACUCAGCCACCUAAUAUUUGACAGAGGGGCUAAACAUGUUCACUGGAAGAAGGAUAGCCUCUUUAAAAUAUAAAUAGUGUUGGAAAAAUUGGCUUUCCACAUGCCAAGGACUGAAACUAGACACAUGCCUAUCAACAUGCACAAAACUAAAGUAUAAAUGGGUCAAAGACCUAAAUAUUAAAACAGAAACACUAAAUCUACUGGAAGACAAGGUAGGCAGAAGUCUUGGAGACAUAGGGGUAGGCAGAGAAUUCAUGAACAAAAUGCAAACUGCACUGGAAACAUUUCAAAGAAUCAACAACUGGGAUCUCAUGUUACUGAAAAGUUUCUGCACUUCAAAAAAAAUCACCAACAGAGUGAAAAGAAAACCCACAGAAUGGGAAAGCAUUUUAGCCAACAACCCCUCAGACAAAGGACUUAUAUCCAUAACAUAUAAAGAAUUGAAAAACAUCAAGCCCCCCGAAUUCAAAGACCCUCUCCAAAAAUGAGCAUCCAAGAUGAACAUACAGCUCUCAGAUAAAGAUAUACAAAUGGAAAAUAAAUACAUGAAGAAAUGUUCACCAUCACUGGUCAUUCGAGAAAUGCAAAUUAAAACAGUAUUGAGAUUUCAUCUCACUCUAGAGAGAAUGGCUGCCAUCAAGAAAUCAACUGAUAACAAAUGCUGGCAAGGAUGCAGGGAAAAAGGGACAUUGCUCCACUGUUGGUGGGAGUGCAGACUGGUGCAACCACUAUGUAAAUCAACAUGGAGAUUUCUCAGAAGACUAGGAUUGGAAGUUCCAUUCAAUCCAGCUGUUCUCCUGCUAGGUAUUUUCCCAGAAAAACUGCAAAGUUCGUAUCACAGUGAUAUACGUGCACCCAUGUUCAUAGCAGCACAAUUUGUAUAGCUAAAUCUUGGAAACAACCAAGAUGCCCAUCAACUGCAGAGUGGAUGAAAAAGAGCUGGUGUUUUUAUACAAUGCAAUAUUACUCAGCUAUAAAAUGGAUGAUCUUGAGGCCUUUAUAGGCAAAUGGAGACAGCUUGAGACUACCCUCAUUAGUGAAAUAAAUAAGAAUCAUAUUUAUAAAUAUCACAUUGUGUCUCUAGUGUAAAAAGUAAUUAGAAAUGUAGGCGUAAUAAAACCCCAAA